AACUAUAGUUUUAUAUAUAAGUAACACAAGUAUAUAAAUCCUCCAUAACUGACCAGGAGGGGGCGUACAAACAUAAAUCAACACUGUGGUCUACAUUAUUAAACAUUAUAAUGAUCUUCAUUAUUUUUCCUAUUUAUGGGAAUAAAUACAAAGAACUGACCUUUCUCUUAAGUAUACACCACAAGGACAGACAGACACAUUAUGAAUAAGAAUCUCUUUCGCUUUGCUGAAUUUUUGUUUGCUUCUUUCUAUUUUAGACAUUCCAUGAUUCUGAUUCUGCUGCCAAUGCUCAUUCAGUCCUCAUUCAGAUCAUCUGCUUGGUCUCUGUUGUUGUUGGUGCUUCACUGAUGGCUUGGUACCUCGACAAAACCCGGGUCACUCACCUGGGGUCAAAGCGGCUCCGGUUACUGUACAAGUAUCUGCUCACAAACAUCAGAAAUGUUUCUCACCUUGUCAGGAGGCCUCAUAGGUCAUGUCAGAGUAUCUGCUCCUCUCAGUCUACAAGGAGAAUCCCUCUCAAAUCUCAUAGAUCAAAGAAGACUAUCAGACUUUUUGGAGCAAUUAGCAGUAAUAUGAAAUAUGAGAAUGUAUGGGGCCUUCAGAUGUAUCGAUUAUACUCAACCUCCAGUAGAGAGACUUUCAAAGCAGAAGCUCCCAUUGGAGUUUACCAGCACAGCAGGAUUACUUUUCGGCUGCGCUUGCUUGGACUGAGAUUAGGAGAGUCUUUUAAUCAUCUCUCCAGACACAUAAACUUGUACUUUAAGCAGAAACAGGUAUCUGUGAUAGAUUAUGGGCAAGGUGGAUUGAUGUGUGCAGUGCAGGAACCGCUAACCAGAACAUCAAGACGAGUUCAGAGAGAGAGACACACUGGAGAGUCCAGAGCUUUUGUAGGGACACCUGCCAUUGAGCAGGUCUCUGAAUCUUCCUCACAUCAACCUUUGACCUCAGCCUAUCCUGGACUACAGUUGUUCCACAUCAGUUCCUUGGCAAACAGAUUUGGGGAGAGUUACAUCUAUGUGGCCAAUCACAUUAACUCUGUAUUCUCUAGAAAUCCAGCAAAGCAAAUUCACAUGGAGGUAUCACCGGAUGAUGGGCUCAAAAGGUCUAGAAGCAGAAAGCGAAGAGUUAUGAAUAAUAAAAGUGGUCUUUGUAGGAAAACUGCGCAAACUAAGCAAAACAUUAGUAUGGGUACAAGACCAGAGAUUGAUAACAAUGUAUCUAUUUCCUGGGAUGAAGGAUAUCUCCAUUUUGCCCGUCACAUCAACCGAUACUUUGGAGCAAAUGUAGCAGAUACUGUUGAGAAAUCACCACAUACUGAGAUGAACAUCUUGAAGACUUCAGUUUCACUGGACACUCUAAAUAAACCUAAAGAUCCACUUCUUCAGCCCAAAUCCCCAGGCUUGUUCCACAUGAGCAGCCUCACCACUCGCUUUGGGGAAAAUUACACUUGCAUGGCCAACCACGUUAACCGGUACUUUAAAGGAUCUGCAGCUUCAGAGAAUGAGGAGGUAGAUGGAGAGUUAAACCUUUACAGAGGUUCACAUAAGUACACUGUGAUCCAGGAAAAACCAGUGUCCUUUUUUGAGUGUCUGUUGAAACCCUCAACUAUACCUGACUUUGUGGGCAGCUACCUGGGAAUGGGCUCUUCCAGGCAUAGUGACCAGACCACAACUGUAACAAGGACCCCAGAGGAAAUUCUGGAUAAAACAGUUUUAAGGAGGAGAAAGGCAGAUGAGAUGACUAGAGUUCUACUGAAGAGACUGGAAAAGGCUACAGUACCAUCAUCUAUCACUUCCUUUGUGGAGGAGCUGAACGCUCACCUCAUUCAGCACCCAGCAUGCAAGGCUGUGGUGUGGCAGGAAAAAGCAGCAAUGCAGCUGCUUAGAUGCUGCCGGACCUUUUGGAUGAAUGAAAAACUUCAAGAAGUCAUCAGGGAAACUCUCGCUCUGAUUGGUUAUGUGGAUCCGGUCAGAGGUUGUGGGGUCAGGGUGCUUUCCAUUGAUGGAGGCGGAACCAAAGGGUUAGUUCCACUACAAGUGCUAAAACAGCUGGAGGCUCAAACAGGAAAACGAGUGUAUCAACUCUUUGACUACAUAUGUGGAGUCAGCACUGGAGCAGUUCUGGCUUUUAUGUUGGGUCUAGCUCAUAUCUCUUUAGAUGAAUGUGAAGAGAUGUAUCAUCGUUUCGGGUCAGAUGUUUUUCGACAAAACCCCCUGGUUGGUACUGUGAAGAUGGGCUGGACGCACUCCUACUACAGCACAGAAACAUGGGAGAUGAUCUUAAGGGAGAAGAUGGGGGAGGAGAUUUUAAUUAAAACAGCCAGAGAUGAGCUGAGCCCAAAGGUGUCUGCCGUAAGUGCCGUAGUGAACUGGGGAAAAAGUCCGAAAGCAUUUAUCUUCCGCAACUAUAACCAUGCUCCGGGACGACUGAGCCGCUAUGCCGGAGGAUCAGGAUACCGGCUGUGGCAGGCUCUCCGGGCCUCAUCUGCUGCUCCAGGAUAUUUCCAGGAGUUCCCUCUUCAUGGCGACAUACACCAGGAUGGUGGUCUUAUGCUCAAUAACCCUUGUGCUCUGGCUGUCCAUGAAAGCCGACUGCUGUGGCCCAGCCUGCCCUUCCAGUGUGUGCUGUCACUGGGAACUGGUCGCUAUGAUAAUGCUAGAAGAGGGCCUGCAACUUCCACAAGUCUGAGAGCCAAAAUCAGCAACCUGAUCUGCAGCGCCACCGAUACUGAGGGUGUUCACACUCUAUUGGAUGACCUCUUAUCACCGAAUGUGUAUUUCCGCUUUAACCCGAUGCUGAGCUCAAACGUGACGCUGGAUGAAAGCAGGCCUGAAGUGCUUCAUCAGCUGCAGAAAGACACACAGCUGUACCUGGACCGGAACCGACCCAAACUGGAACGCCUGUGUGAAGUGCUGAUGACAGAACGCUCAGCAAUCUGGAAAACACGGGACUGGAUCGGGGGGAAAGCGUGGGAGCUGCAGCAGCGCUGGGCUUGAGUGGACUUUACACAGUACUGACGAGAAUUCAGUUGAAUGUAUGCAAUUAUGUGGAUGAAAGCUAUAAUACAAAAACAUCAUUAAGUUAUAACGAUAUGUCCUUACUGGUCGCACAAGAUUGUGAAGGGCUGUGUUUUGACAAGUUACAAAUCAUGUAAGAGAAGUUACAAAUCAAAUACACAGCCAUUUUAGACUAAACGUAUUGAGCACUUAUAUGCCAAUAUAAAUUCUGUAUGAAUGUCAAUAUUUAUAGACUGAUGUAUUUAUUUCUUUAUUUCUGUUUUAAUUUAUGAAAUGAAAUAAAACUAAGA